AUGUUGACAAACUCAUUGAAAUGGCGUAAAUCAUUUAAAACGGACACGAUUCUGGACGAGAAAUUCCCGGAAGACCCAUUUUCUAGGAUAGGUAUAAUCCACAAAACCGACAAGUUAAAUCGUCCAGUUACAUAUAAUUUUUAUGGUGGAUUGGAUAAUCAACAAGUUUUUGGCGAUUUGGAUAGGUUUUUGAGAUGGAGAAUUCAAUUGAUGGAGAAGGGAAUCCAACGUUUGGAUUUCAUAACAGUAGAUCAAAUGUUACAAGUUCAUGAUUAUGAUCAAGUUAGUUUGAGUAGUUAUAGAACUGCCAAAGUUGCUAGCAAAACUGUUACUGAAAUAAUGCAAAACCAUUAUCCUGAAUUCUUGGUAAUUUUAUUAAAAUAA